GCAUCAUCUCAGUUGCAUCCCUCUCUCACAAUCUCUGACAAGCCCCCACAACUCACAUUUCUUCCUCUCAGUCACCUUCUAUAUGGCGAAUUUGAUCCUUAAGCAAUCUCUAAUCAUAAUCCUAGUCAUAUUUUCAUCACUAAUCUUAAGUUCUCAAGCUCGAAUCCUCCGUGCAUAUCGUGCCUCAUCCAUGAGCAAUAUGGACAGUCAGGUUCUACUACGAGAACUCGGGUUUGAUCUCUCUAAGUUCAAAGGUCAUAAUCAGAGGCGUUUUUUAGUUAGUUCUGACAGGGUUUCACCAGGAGGUCCGAAUCCGCAACACCAUUGAAUGGUCAUUACCUAUAUAAAAACUUUAUCGAAGACCCAAGCACUAAUAAAUGUGAAUGAACCAUAUAAAUAUCGUUAUUUCUAUGUUUUUCACUUCUCUGUCUUUUUUUUUCUGUAAACCUUACGUACAAUUUUGUUGUAUCAAGGUUUUCGUAUUCUUGUACCACCUUACCUUGAUCCAUCAAGCUUUUUCUCUGUAUGUUUCUUGUGUCUCCAAUGAGUUACCUUUUAUGUAACAGCAAUUGGCUAAUAAUCAAUAUUCCCCUGUCUUUUAA